AUGGAAAGUUAUGCAGUAACAACACCAGAGAGACAAUCACAUUGGAAGGAACGUUUGAAAAUAUUAUUCAAAUUUCGAAAAGCUUUGAUUUUAAUUUUGGCUCCAAUCAUCUUCUUGCCUUUGAUUAUAAUUAUUCCCACAAGGCCAGCAAAAUGUGCUUAUGCUAUCUUAGUGAUGGGGGCAUAUUGGGUGUCAGAGGCCCUGCCUAUUGCGGUGACUGCCCUGUUGCCCAUAGUCAUGAUGCCACCACUUGGAGUCAUGGGCUCAAAACCAUUGUGCAUGAACUACCUCAAGGACACUAACUUUUUGUUUGUUGGUGGGCUGAUAGUGGCAGUAGCUGUUGAGAGGUGGAACCUUCAUAGGAGAAUGGCACUGAGGGUACUCUUAUUGGUGGGCUCUAAACCUCGCUGGCUGUUGUUUGGGUUCAUGUCAAUGACUGCAUUCCUCUCCAUGUGGAUCAGUAACACUGCAACUACAGCAAUGAUGACUCCAAUAGCAGCUGCUGUGCUUACUCAGUUAGGGGAAUGCAGACACCCAAAACAGAUGAACGGAGAAGCAAAAAAUGACAAAGAAAAGGAAUCAAAUAUUGACGACGUAGAUGCAAAUGAAAGCAAGACACCAAUGCUAGAGGAGGAUGUUGCCGUAACCAUCAUGGAUGCCAGUAAUGGUGCAAAUCACCAAGAAAACAGCCUGACUGAUAAAGAAUAUGAUGAUAUGUGUAAGGGAAUGACACUGAGUAUAGCUUAUGCAGCAAACAUUGGUGGGAUGGCUACACUAACUGGUACAGGUCCAAACUUGAUUUUAAGUGGAAAUGCAGAAAGUAUGUUUGGAGAAGAGGCUGGGAUCAACUUCAGUUCAUGGUUCGUGUUUGCAUUUCCUACCAUGUUACUAUGUCUCCUGGUUGCUUGGAUCUGGCUUCAGUUGAAAUACUUAGGUUGGAGGACACUGUGUGCCUGUUUUCUGAAGACCAGAGAAGUAUCAGAUGAAAGAGUCCAUCUUAUAAUUAGAAAUGAGUACAACAAACUGGGACCUAUGACCUUUGCAGAGAUCGCUGUGCUGUGCCACUUUAUACUGCUGGCUAUUUUAUGGUUCACUAGGAACCCACAAUUCAUCCCAGGAUGGUCAAGUGUCUUUGAAGAAGGGUUUGUGACAGAUGCUUCCACAGGGAUGACAAUAGCAGUGUCUUUGUUUAUUUUUCCAUCGAAGAAACCUAAAAUCUUCUGCUGCAAGGCUAAAGAAGAGGAAGCAGAACCUGUCCCUGCUUUGCUUGAUUGGGAAACAUUCCAGAAGAACUUUGCUUGGAACAUUCCAUUUGUACUCGGGGGAUCAUUUGCAAUCGCUGAUGCAUGUGGGGCAUCUGGUUUAUCACAAUGGUUGGGAGAUAAGAUGGCUGUGUUUGCUGAAGUGCCAGCAUGGGCAUUUGUUAUUAUCAUCUGCACUGUGAUUGGUCUGUUCACUGAGAUCACCAGUAAUACAGCAACUGCCUCUAUAUUUAUACCAAUUCUAGCUCAGUUGGGAGUUGGUAUGGGUGUGAACCCAUUGCUGUACAUGAUUCCAGCAACAUUGGCCUGCUCCUUUGCAUUCAUGUUACCAGUGGCAUCACCCCCCAAUGCUAUUGUCUUCACAUAUGGAAAGUUAAGGAUCAUUGAUAUGGUUCAAGCUGGCGUAGUUAUGAACAUUGUCUGCCUGCUUAUAGUAACAUUCACAGUUCUGACUUGGGGAACUGCAUUCUUCCAUCUCAAUACCUUCCCUGAUUGGGCAGCCAACAAAGCUCUACAAACUCUGGGGAAUAACACUAUAGGAAACUCGACAGGUUUAGAUCUGACUAACAUUACUGCUAUAUAUAAUGGAACUUGUAAUCUAAUAUGUGGAUAGAUUGUAGGACAUGUUUAAUUUUGUGUUCUAUUGUACAUGGUUGAAUUUUUGAAUUUUAGUAAAAAAGUUUGUUUUGGUCAUAUACUAGAAUAGUAUGACUGUGACUCUAAUGCAUUCCGGAUUGCUGAAAGAUCUUUUUAAAAAAACAACAAUGGCCAUUCUUUUUGUAACAAAAAUGCAACUAUCAACUGAUAUGAAAUUAGUUGGGCUAUUAUGUUGACGCUCUAUUUGAUAUAAUGAUGUGCAGUCAAGGUCCCUAUUACAAUAUGGUUUCUUUUAUGAUCAAUUUCCAAAUAUGGACAUAAUAAUUUGAAAUAUUGCAUUGAAUUGUAAAUGGUUUAAUGAAAAGGCUGAUGGAACAUAUAUUUUUUAUUUUUAAAAUGAAUUUUUAACCAAAAUUCAACUGCACACAUGAAUGUGCUUCAAAUGUUUUAUACAAUUUAAAUAUCUUACUGCUGGAUAUGGAACUUUGUGCUGUUU